UGCUUUGCUACUAUUCCUAUCCGAUGACUCUGACAUUUCAAAGGACGACCAUGUAGGGGUGUUCUCCUUCACCUUUCAUUGCAUUAUCAGUAGCUUCCACUCCGAAAUUCAAUAGUUUUUGCUGGAGAAAAAAGAAAAGGAAAAAAGAAGAAUAGUUUAUGCAAAAUUGCGUAUACACUGUGUAUCACUUCAGCCUUCCCCAUGUUUAGAGGAAUGAACGUCCUUUUGGCUUGCUACAUAGCUUUUCUUUUACAGCUAUUAGUCUUCCAAACUUGCCAUUCUAGCAACAUCACUGCUCAUUGUGCUCCUUCAUGCGGCAAUAUCCAAAACAUAAGCUACCCUUUCAGACUAAACACUGAUCCACAAAGCUGCGGAAACAAUAAUUAUAAUCUGACUUGCGAGAACAAUAUUUCUACAGUAUUAAAUUUAUAUUCAGGUAAAUACUACGUGCAGGCAAUCAACUACGGUAACUUCACAAUCCGAGUGGUAGAUGCUGGUGUACAAGAUAAUUGCUGCUCCAUCCCUCUUUAUUCUUUGGCACCUGAUAAUUUCAGUGGCGGAGAUCCGUACACAUGGUAUAACUACAAGGAGGUGCCGCCGCCGGAAGUGAGUGAAGGUUUCGUGGACUACUGGGGGCCCCGGUACUUACCUCGGCUAUCACUGCCUAUGAUUUUCAUGAGCUGUGAAAAUACGGUGAAUUCUCCUCUUUAUGUGGACACGGCUCCUUACGGCCUUAACUAUGGAUCAGUAAAUUAUUCCAACUCUUCUCUUGUGACUCAUUCGAAUUAUGUGACUCUUGGGGGCAUGAAUGCCUCGGAUUUGAUGGAACUGUGCAGCAUAGAGAAAAUAUUUUUGCUUCCAAAGAAGAACUACGCAGACAAUUACUCCUUUGAAGAAAUACACAGUGACCUGGCAUAUGGGUUUGAGCUUUCAUGGUACAACAUAAACUGUGAAAAUUGCUCAACGGGUUGCUACAUCGACAGUGCAGACCGUCGUCGAUGCCUUUACAGCGAUGAUGAUGAAAGCUUUUGGCAAAUUAUACUCUACUAUGUGGCAGUUUCCCUCUUCUAUAUACCCAUUUUAAUUGCACUACUUCAUGGGCUAAAUGUUGUUUGUGGGACUCCAUGUGUGAUUAUAUUUUUGAUCUACAAAUGGGGAAGGAGACAUUUAUCAGUAUACGAUACAGUUGAACAAUUCCUACAGAGUCAGAAUAACCUGAUGCCAGUAAGGUAUUCCUACUCAGAUAUUAGGAAGAUUACUAGAGGUUUCAAGGACAAAUUGGGUGAAGGAGGCUUUGGUACAGUUUACAAAGGAAAGCUUCGCAGUGGGCGUUUUGCAGCGGUAAAAUUGUUGGGAAAAUCGAAAGCUAAUGGACAGGAUUUCAUAAAUGAAGUUGCUACUAUAGGAAGGAUUCACCAUACUAAUGUGGUGCAGCUAAUCGGAUUUUGCGCCGAAGGAUCAAAGCGUGCUCUUGUAUAUGAUUUCAUGCCUAAUGGAUCUCUUGAUAGACACUUGUUUUCUCAAGAAGGAUCAAUCUCUUUAAGCUGGCAAAAACUGCAUCAGAUUUCCCUUGGAGUGGCUCGUGGUAUCGACUAUCUUCAUUUAGGCUGUGACAUGCAAAUACUGCAUUUUGAUAUCAAGCCUCACAACAUUCUUCUUGACGAAAAUUUCACUGCAAAAGUCUCUGACUUCGGGCUCGCUAGGUUGUACCCAACGAAUGGCAGCAUCACAUCUCUUACUGCAGCAAGGGGCACCAUAGGAUACAUGGCUCCUGAACUGUUCUACAAAAACAUUGGACGCGUCUCAUAUAAAGCUGAUGUUUAUAGCUUUGGAAUGCUGCUGUUGGAAAUGGCAGGCAAAAGGAAGAAUGUAAACGCGUUGGCAGAAAAUUCAAGUCAAAUCUACUGGCCAUAUUGGGUUCAUGACCAAGUAUCUGAUGGAAAGGCCAUAGAAAUCGGAGACGAUGCCACGGAGGAAGAACGUAAGAUCGUCAAGAAGAUGAUUAUGGUUGGAUUGUGGUGUAUACAAAUGAAACCCAUGGAUCGGCCUACAAUGAAGAAUGUUGUGGAAAUGCUUGAAGGAGAUUUGGAAAACUUGCAAUUGCCUCCUAAGCCUGUCUUCAAUCUAGAUGUGACGCCACCAAACUUCGAAGGAGAGUCAUCAUCGUUGUCAGAGUAAUAUUUUGGCUGCAAAUUAACAAGAGACUAUCAUAGGGAUUAUAUAAACAAGUUGAUGCAUGAAAAGACGAGUCUCUAUUUAUAGGUAGCCACUACAAGUAGCUUCGGAGACCACAAAUACAAGGCAAGUCUCUCUAGUAAUCCUUCCACUACAAGUAGCUUCGGAGAUAGAAAAUAGCGAUUUAUUUGCUAUCAUAGGGAUGAUUCUGAACAGAAAUCUUCUCUUUCUCCAGAAAACGAAAAAACGAAAGGUAGAGAGGAGACAAUGAAGCUUGCUUACCGGUCUUGGCAUUUCACCAGAGAGCUCUGCUUCUAACUGUGAAAUGCGUCUUCUUGUGGGCAAGAGGCAAGGUCUUCAAAAAUGCUCAACUGUGUUCAACAAACUUUCAGGAUCUACUUCAAUUUUCUUAAGAGAAUGGGAAAUAGUGACAAUCAAUUUACACCCAUUUGUUCUACGAGAUAUUCCCACUUUCUCAGGAUGAAAAUCAUCCCACAAGUCAUCAAGAAUGAUGACAUGGUUUUGUAUCACACUCAAUGCUGUCCAUAGCUCCCCAGCUCUACUCGUCACAUCUUUUCCUUUCGGAAGACAUAAACCAAAAGCUUCGGCAAUGAGAUCCUGCGAUGCAUGAAUGCUAAAUUCUUGUGACAUAGUAAUCCAACAAACAUGAAAAAAAAAAUGUAUGGUUUCUCUUGAAGCUGAUUAUGGAUAUGUGCAGCCAAAGUUGUCUUUCCCACUCCCCCAUCCCGUACAUGCCAAUGCAUGAGACCUCACCAUUCAACAACCAAGACCAGACAUCCUUCAUAUUUCUUUCAAUAGCUUGGCCCCCUAGCUUCGUUGUCGGGAAUACAUAUCUUUUAGUCCUACGUCGCUUAUGUACAGGCCUUUUAGAAUAGCUUACCGUGUAAAUUCUCAAGUCAUGUUCUCUAUAUAAAUUCUUAACAAAACAUCCCUCGUUGAUGAGGAUGAGAUGUUAUUCCCGAUCAUUUCAAAUGCCUGACAUGUUUUCUCUGUUCUCUUUCUAGUCUCGGGUUCAUCUGGCAUAAGUACAACAGGAGCUCUAGGUUCCUCAACCAUCUCAGUCUCCCCCCUGAUCCAGAUAUCCAUCCAUCCUAGGCCCCCAUCAAAAAGAGGAGGUUCUUCUUGUUCCAUUUCUAAACACCGCACAGGAGUUGAAGCUGCAUUAAUUGCCUCGUUAUUGCUUGAACUUGGCACGCUCUUAUCUACAGGCCUGUUAGAAGAGCUUCCUCUCUCAGCAACAGACUGCAUCAAUUCCCAAGUCAUGUUCUCUAUACCAUUGCUUAACUCAACAUCGUUCAUCAAGGAAGAUGAGAUGUUAUUCAUAUCCAUUUCAAAUGCUUGACCUGCUGGCUCUGUUCCCAAUCCAGUCUCAGGUGCAUCAGGCAUGAGUAUGCUAGGAACCAUGGUCUCCUCAUCAGUAAGCACAAUCUCUCCCCCAAUCAUCCUAUCCAUCCGCACCAAUCCAUCAUCAAAAAGAGGUUGUCCUUCUUUACUGUAGACAGCACGCCAACAUUGCAAACGAUGAGAAAGAGCACGAUCCAUAGAUGGAGAGAAAGCAAUAGGCCAAGAAAAGAGAAAGCAGUAGAGAUGACCUUGAGAGCAGUAUGUUCACAGAUGGAGACGGAUGAGAAUGAGACUAACGAACAACCUUUAAGUUUAAAAUUUUUAUAUAUGUAUAGUAUUCAUUAUCGGUUGUUUUAAUUAUACUCAAACAAUAACUGUUUAUAAAACAUUUAAUUCAUUCGGAUUGGUUUAGUAGAGUAUUUAUCAGUUGAGGUGAAA